AUGGCGAGCCUGCCCGGCGGGGACAGCCCGGGCUCUGCUGCCCGCCGGCUCUACUCGAGGAUGGAGGCAUCCUGCCUGGAACUGGCCCUGGAAGGAGAGCGUCUGUGCAAGGCUGGGGACUUCAAAGCUGGGGCAGCCUUCUUUGAAGCAGCAGUGCAGGUGGGGACAGAGGACCUGAAGACUCUCAGUGCCAUCUACAGCCAGCUGGGCAAUGCCUAUUUCUACCUAAAGGAGUACUCCAAGGCCCUGGAGUACCAUAAGCACGACCUUACCCUGGCCAGAACCAUUGGGGACCGCAUUGGAGAAGCCAAGGCAAGUGGCAACCUUGGAAAUACAUUGAAGAUACUUGGGCAGUUUGAUGAAGCUGUUGUUUGUUGCCAGAGACAUUUGGACAUUUCUCAGGAGCAGGGAGACAAGGUAGGUGAAGCCAGAGCACUCUAUAAUAUAGGAAAUGUUUACCAUGCAAAGGGAAAGCACUUAUCUUGGAACAUGGUCCAAGACCCAGGCUGCCUGCCUCAAGAAGUCAAGGAAACAUUGCAAAAAGCUUCUGAAUAUUAUGAGAGGAACCUGUCCCUGGUGAAGGAGCUGGGGGACAGAGCUGCACAGGGCCGUGCUUAUGGCAACCUUGGCAACACCCAGUACUUGCUGGGCCACUUCAGUGAAGCUAUAGCCUUCCACAAGGAGCGCCUCGCCAUCGCCAAGGAGUUUGGGGACAAAGCAGCUGAACGCAGAGCAUACAGCAACCUGGGCAAUGCACACAUCUUCCUGGGGAGGUUUGACAUCUCUGCUGAGUACUACAAGAAAACACUCCAGGUCUCCAGGCAACUCAAAGAUCAAGCAGUAGAAGCCCAGGCUUGCUACAGCCUAGGAAACACCUACACACUGCUUCAAGACUAUGAAAAAGCAAUUGAGUACCACCUAAAACACCUGGUGAUAGCUCAGGAGCUGGGAGACAGGGUGGGAGAAGGAAGAGCCUGCUGGAGUCUUGGAAAUGCCUAUGUCUCCCUGGGAAGCCAUGAACAAGCUUUACACUUUGCAAGGAAACAUCUUGAAAUCUCACGAGAGAUCGGGGACCGGAAUGGUGAACUGACAGCACAGCUGAACAUGGCCCAGCUCAGGGCAGCCCUGGGCUUGGGACCUGGGGACGAGGACAUGGGCACAGCUCCCCACUGCUCUGGCUAUGAAGCACAAGGAGCCAGGCCAAAGAGACUCCAAAGGAACAGCAUGGACAGCUUGGACCUCCUGAAGUUCCCUUCUGAAAAGGACCAAAAUGGGGACAGCCAUCACGUGGGAGAUCUGAAGAUCUCUGGGAAGGAGUUCUUGUCAUUGCCUGCGAGGUCAAAGAAAUACCAGGAGCACCAGUCCAGUUCAGAGAGAAAGUCCCAGGGGCCCAGUACAUCCCCCCUGGGUACCAAUGACAUCCGACUCCAGGUGUCACAGUCGAAAAUCAACCGUAGCCCUUCAGAUGAGGAAUGUUUCUUUGACCUGCUGAGCAAGUUCCAGAGCAACCGGAUGGAUGAUCAGCGCUGCCCCUUGGAGGAGUGCCCAGCAGAGGCUGCAGAGGCAGCUGCCACCCCACUGCCUACCCUGGAAGAACGGAUGUCCCACUCCUCCCUGAUGGCAUCUCCCCAGACCGAGGAAUUCUUCGAUCUGAUCGCCAGCUCCCAGAGCAGACGCCUGGAUGACCAACGUGCCAACGUGGGCAACCUGCCAGGCCUGAGGAUCACACACAACAACCUGGGGCACCUGCGUGUGGAGGGGGACACCCAGGAGCCCGGGGACGAGUUCUUCAACAUGCUCAUCAAGUGUCAGUCCUCCAGGAUAGAUGACCAGCGUUGUGCACCUCCAGACUCCAUCCCCCGUGGCCCCACCAUGCCUGAUGAAGACUUCUUCAGCCUCAUCCAGCGUGUCCAGGCCAAACGCAUGGAUGAGCAGAGGGUGGAUUUGGCCUCAGCCCAGGAGGAGGCAGCAGAGGAGCAGCAGAGCCCGGGUUCCAGCUAAGAACUGGGGUUUGGCCUGGGAGGGGGGCGGGGUUGAUUUGGUUUAAUUUGUAUUUUGAGAAGGAAAAAACCCAACAAAACAGAAAAAGGGUAGGUGGUUUCUGACUGGAGAGCUCCUGUGCUGCCACAGACUUUUCCCAGAAGCCACCCCAGGGACACAGGAGCUGCACCCCCAUGUUACAGGAGGGCCCACUGGAUGUGGGGCACUUCUUAAACAUAGGGUUUUUUAGGACACGUGGCCACUGUAACACUGGGCACAGCAUGAGGGAAGAAGACCUUGGCAAAACACCUUUUGCUGUUGGCCAAAGGAGGAGCCCAGAAGUGGGCAGUUGAUAACUCCAGCCUCAAUGUCUUUUAUUUCCACAACACUUUUAAUUCCAUGGGGGAAGGAAGAACAUCUUCUCCAUUUUGAAGUCCUCCUGUCUUGCCUGCAUCAAGAGGUGACACAAGUUGCUCUGGAUCCUGCCCAGGAACAUCUUGCUCAGCUUUGUUCUUUCUACAGGAGGAAAUAAACCCAAGUCAGAAGCCCCACGGGUCCUUCCAAACCUCAGCCCUGCCCUAGCUGCAGUCAUGGUCCCACACACCUGAAAGUUGACUUUAGGUUUGUUGGGGACUCUGCAGUGAGUGCUCUGACCCCCUCUGCACCCAAACCCCUGGGGCUGGAGCAGACACUGCUCCCCUGAGCUUCACCUCCAGAGAGGAGCUGAGUAGCCCCCAGGAGGGGUCCUGUGCCUGGCAGGGGAGCAGGGUAGGGAUCUCUGCCCCUCUGAUGGCUUCUGGUGCAGGAUUCUCCCCUGGGCUGUGUCUGCCUGGAGCAGAAGCCUGUGCUCACCACUAACCUGCUGCAAAACCUGACAAGUUUCUGGCCAUGGCUUGUGAGGAGAGCAAGAGGACCCAUCCCCUCCUCUUUUUUUGUGUCCAACAGCAGGAGGGGAUGAUGCCUCUUCCCACCCCUCAUUUCAUCCCAAACCAGUGCUCUGGGCCAGGCACUCCAAUUUCUCCCAGCUGCUUCCAAUUAUUGGAGCCUCAGGAGAGCUCCAGCCUGGGCUGGUGGCUGGGAGGUCAGUUCCACCCCACACAAGUGCAAGAUUCUACAUUUACUUCCAUUCCUUCUCCUGUUGGAACAAUUGGAAAAGCAAACCCAGGGAGGAGAGGAGCAGGGAUCUGACUGAGUAUUUUUGCUUGACCAGACAAGGCUGUCUUGGACUUGAGAAACUCCGGUGUGAGCUCUGCCAAAGUGGAUGUGUUCCUGUAGAGAACAAAUCAGCACUUUCUAUUUGAAAAAAAAUGCAUCUGAUGGAAACAUUUCCAAUCAGCAGGAAGAGUUUCAGACAGUGAUGCUGCUCACCAGGCAUUUAACCUGCCUGCACUGACCAGAUGGAGGGGUGGCUGUGGUUUACCUGCUGCCAGGGAGCCCUCACCUCCUGCAGGCUCAGGGCUCAGCCACCUUCCUGGGGUGCAAAGCUCUGGAGAAGGGGGAGGAGAUCCUGCCCAGCACCUACAGACCCACCCAGCUCGUGUUCCUUACAAGGAAAACAUGGACCAUGACACUGACUUCCCAGCUGCAGGCUGGGGCCUGGGCAGUGCUCAGCCAGGUGGUGAACUGCAAUCUGACCCUUCAGCUUUCAGAGGUGUUAAUUAUUUGCCAUAUACUUGAAUGUAUGAGCUUAUUUAUUUUUUACAUGUGCAUUUGCUAAUGUCAUUUUAAUGGGGAAUUUCCAACCCCACAGGUACUUUUUUUUCUAAAAAAAAAAAAAUAAUCUGCCAAAUGAAUUAAUAUAUUAGAAUUGAAUAUAGCUCAAGUGAAAGGGGAGGGAGGUUGUGCUUAAUAAAUAUUUGUGUCUA